UUUUUGACCGCAAAUUUGUGGAUUUUGAUGCUAUGUAUGGCUGUUAGGGGUGAAACUAAAGAAAUGAGAUACUUUGGAGGUGUCAAACAACAAAAAGACUAUGAGAAGGUCACUGAUAGACCUAUCAUAGGCAUUCUGACAUGUGAAUUUGAUUAUCUUAAUACUGGAGAGCCAAUUGAAUCUCUGCCAAAUACCUAUAGCGACAUGCUCGAGAGUUUUGGAGCUAGAGCUGUACCUAUAAGCUUUAAAUGGCCAAAAGAAAGAAUUUAUCGAGCUUUAGAUAAAGUCAAUGGAGUUCUUUUCACAGGUGGAGAUAUAGUCCCAUAUGACUUUGAGAGUAAUGAAUUCCACCCAUAUUAUCUCUCCCUGAAGCAUGUGCUGAGAUAUGUAAUAGCAAAGAAUGACCAAGGGGAUUACUUCCCCCUGCUUGGCAUCUGACAAGGCAUUCAGUUCUUAAUGAGAGCAAUUUCAGGAAAUCCUGAAAUUAUCGCAGAUUCACUUAGAUGGGGCCAAAAUGAUACUUUCACUCCUCUUAUGACACCACUUUCUGAGUUUAACAUGCUUGGGAAUCUCGAUAUCCAAGCUUAUGCAAGCAGAAAUGGUGAAGCUGAUGAGAGGAUCGAGUUUAAUUGGCAUCGUUAUGGUAUUUAUCUCUCAGAAUUCUACAAAUCUAAAGAACUAAGGGGAUUUUUCAAUGUGCUUAGUUACGAUGACUACGGAGAUGGUAAACCGAUAGUUUCAACUGUGGAAGCAUUUAAUUAUCCAAUCAUUGCAGUUCAGUACCAUCCGGAGAAGAACUUGUUUGAUUUUUGGAAUCAAAAUAUCCCUCACACACGUAAAGCCCAGCAAUUCACAGAGGAUUUCGCCUUUAUAUUCAUCGAUGAAUGAAAGAAGAACAGCCACAAAUUCAGCUCCUACAAUGAAGAAGUAAGCGCUCUGAUCGGGAACUACAAGAGACACACUGGCGUCUUUGGUCAUGAAGGAGAUAAUCUUUGAGUCGAUUAUUACAGAAUAUCUUAG